GUAACAAUUAUUACUGUUAAGAAUGUGAGAUUUGGGCCUAACUCAACCCUACAAAACCAGUUAGUAGAAUGAGGACUGCCCCCACUUAUAAACACAUGUUCAAGCCAUAUAUUGUCCGACGUGGAACUCUUAAUAAUUACAAAAUAGAUAAGAGUUCUUCCAACUUCUAAAAAUUAGAGAAUUGCACAAUUAAUUUUAGUAAUUAUUAUUUUGAAAUUUUUAUUGUGAUUUUUAAAGGAAACUCACAAUUUUUUUAAGAAAUAAAGGAAAUCCCUAAAAUUUAUGAGUCUCUAUGAUUAUAGUCAUAGGUAGAUGGAACAGUGGGUUCCACCUAGGAUGCAAAAGUCUCCACCUUUUCCACAUAAGCUCAAAGAUAUUGUCUACAUGAUGGACUGAAGAAGCCUGUAGAUAUUUUUCAAUAUGUGGAGACCAUAAGUUCUUAACCCACAAUCAUUGUAUUUUCUGCCUUAUAUCACACACCUUAAUAUUUUCCUCCCCAAAAAUAAAAGUCUUUCUUCAAUUCACUACACAAAUACUAAAUCUGUUUGUUACCUAUGGAAUCCUCUUCAGCUAUAACACUUUCUCAUCUUCCUUAUGUCUACCCUGCAAUACCAAACACCAACAGAAAACCUACUUUUUGGCCAGCUGGCAAGCGAAGGAACUCUCAAUUAUCCACAAGGUUACAUUGUAACAAGAUGUUUGUACCUGGAUUUGGUGAAGCAUCACCGGAAGCAAAGGCUGCUCAAAACCUCCACAAUUUCUUCACCUUCGUUGCUGUUAAAAUCGUUGCUGCUCAACUUGAGAGCUAUAAUCCUGAAGCAUAUGUUGAGCUAAUGGAAUUUGUGGGUAAACACCCGUUGGAUGAUGGCGACAAAUUCUGCGCCAGUAUGUUCAGAGAAUCAUCAAGACAUAAGAACUUAGCCCUACGCAUAAUGGAGGUGCGAUCAUCGUACAGCCAAAAUGAUUUUGAAUGGGACAAUAUGAAGCGCCUAGCUUUUAAGAUGGUCACUGAAUCUAACACGAGGCUUAUGAGGGACUAUGUCUCUGAAACCAGCCGUGCUGAAACCGAGAAGUGAAUAGUCCAGCAACAGAGCAAGAACCUUCAUUCCCUCUGACUCUGGUCGAACAGGAGCUUGGGCUACAUAUUAAUAUGUAUGAAAAGAAAGCAGAAAAUGCCUUCACAUGGUACUUGAUAAAUUGCAUACCCUUAGCAUGGUUAUAAUGAUUAAAAAUUCGAGUUAGACCAUAAAUGGUUGGACAAAUCUGUAAGACAAUUUGACAAUCAACACACGCAGUGACUUAAUGGAAUAUUUUUUUUACACACUAAAUGGAAUACUUGAUGAACUUCAA